AUCAGUCUGUGCGGUCAGCUGUCGAGCUCCGGCGGCCCGCCUCUCCCCGGUUAAUGCCGGCCUCUCUCUGGGGCUGUCCAGCGGCUGCGCGCGCCUUGCCAGUAGAGUAGCCAAUCUGCUCGCUGGCGUCCUGGGCUUUUGUUGUGCGGAGCUGAGCGACGGCCGCUGUUGGUGCGCGCGCGAGGACCCAGAAACCGCGCCUUCCCUCUCGUGGGGUUGGCCCGGCCCUGGGAGGCAGGCACCGAGUGAAGCAAACAGUUAACCUGUGGGGAGCAAUGAACACUCUCCCCCACUUCACCUUUUGAGUCAAGAUGUCUUGCUAGGAUAAAAGUUUGGGAGCACACCUGAUUUAAUCUGAAUGUUUCUCAGCAUGGCCAGCCACUGAUUGAUAAUUCAGCUAAUCCAAAAGUAAAUGAGGAACUUGGGGGGGGGGGGAAUUGCCAAUCCCAAAUCAGAACAGCUGUACAGAACUGAAAAAGGCAAAGUUACAGCUUCAUUUGAGGACUUUUGUAAAGAACUGAAUUGCUGGGUAUGAGUUCUAAAGUCUUGGAGCAAGACGCAGAGCCCCUGCCAGAUCAAACAAGUUCAGCAAUACAAAUGGAGGACUGGUCAAAAGAAAUGUUUAACGUGGAUCACAACUCCGAGCAAAGGCAAAGUGGAACUUUCCCAAGUUAUCUGUGUUUCCAAAGUAGUUCAGCAAGGCUGCAGCAGAGAGGGGAAUUGGAUGCUCAUACAGACCAUGAGCAAACAGAACUACCUGAUCAGCCAACAACCAGCUUAAGUAUUGUACACACUGUUUGUGACCAAACUUCGCAUCUAAAUAAUACUGUCUCUUGUGCUGAUGAAAUGUCAAGUUCUACUGAAAAAGAAGGAAACGUUAUGUCUGACUUCAUGAAUCUUUUUCAUGGCACUGAAGACCUAAAUAAAGAAAAGGAUAUUACAUUCCUGUUAAAAGAAUUGGAUGUUCUAAGGGCAAGCAAUAAAAAGCUCCAGAACAAGCUGUCUGAAAAGGACAAGGAGCUGAAGACAAUAAAGCUGGACUUAGAACUGUGUGAGAGAGCAACAGAAGCUAAGAUUGCAGAAAAGGCUGCAGCUCUAGUAGAAGAAAUUCAUUCUGCUCAAAGGGGUCGUGAUGAGGCUAUCAUGGCGAGACUGAAGCUGGCUAAUGAAGAGAGAGAUGAUGCAUGUAAACGAAUUAAAGUAUUGGAACAAUCCUUUGAGACGCUAGAAAAUAUUAACCCUGAAGAAAAUGACAUGACAUUACAGGAAUUACUGAACAGAAUAAACAAUGCAGACACCAGCAUGGCUAUACGGCGGAGUGGAGCUAUAAUUGUCGAUCGAAUAUACAGGACCCAGGAACGGAAAAAGAAAAUAACAGCUGAAGAAAUGAAUGCAGUUAUAGAAGAACGAGAUGCUGCAUUGGCUCAAUGCAAACGGCUGGAGCAGGAGCUUCAUCAUAUGAAAGAGCAGAACCAGACUUCUGCAAACAACACGAGACAUCUGACUGCUGAAAACAAUCAAGAACGUGCUCUGAAGCCUGAUCCUGUGCUUGUUUGCUCAGAGAGUGCCACGGAGGUCAAAGGUGCUUACUCCCAGGGGAAAUUGCUGGCAAUGCAGCAAGAAAGAGAGGCCGCUGUGCAGCAAUAUAAAGGACUAGAGGAAGAGAUUGAGACACUUCGUGUUUAUUACAGCUUACACCAAUCUUUGUCUCAAGAAGUGAAUCUUAAGGAUCAGUUCAACUCCACUCUUAUGACGUACGAAAAAGCACUGAAAAACAGAGAAGAGAUUGUGUCUAUGCUGCUGCUUCAAAAUGAGGAGCUGGUGGCCCAGCUUCAGCAAGCCGUAGAAGAGAGAGCAAACAUGGAAUUAAAGUUCCAGCAGGCUUUAGAGACUUCACAAGAGGCCAGUGAAAAACUUCAAAAGAUUGGAAACCAGGACUUGAAACAGAUUUGCAGUCCUAAUUGGAAGGUUGCAAAGGCUGGUGGAUGUCCUGAGGAAGAAGAUUGGAGCGGGGACCAUUAGGACCGUGAUCUGAUUGAAAACUCCCCUCUGAGGAAACAUUCACAUCUGGUGACCAGGCUGCUUCAUUCAGCACUGUGUAAACAUUAAAGCCUUAACUUAGCAAACAGUUGUUAGAAGUGGGACACUCCAACGACAUUCCAAGCUGAGAUAAAAUCAAAUCAUAAAUGUUUAACCACUUG